AUGGAUGCAGUACCACCGGGCGCUAGGGGAACUUUACCAGUGACGGUUAUUGGACCAAUAGUUUGUGAGCCUAACAUACAUAGAGUAGUUUCCAGGGGAUUGUUUAAUGGAGAAAACCCUAUACAUUUUCCUCUUACAAUUAUUAUAUUUCAAGUCAGUUUGCUCACACUUUUCUCCGCUAUCUUUCACGUCCUGUUUCGCCCCCUCCGUUUCCCUAAGUUUGCCUCCGACAUCAUGGGUGGAGUAUUUAUGGGGCCUUCUUUCCUUGCAUACAAUGAAGUAAUCAAUAAAGCAUUGUUCCUUCCCAAGAGUGUAAUGAACCUCGACGUAUACGAAAAUCUCGGGCUCCUCUUCCUCAACUUCCUUCUUGGAGUAAAAAUAGACGUAUCGGCCAUCCAGAAAUCGGGUCAUGUUGCCCUAGUUAUGGGUUUCCUCGCAUUCCUCUUUCCAUUUAUAACAAAUUAUAUAAUGGGAAUUUUUAAGAAUGAAAUUAAAUCUGUAGUUUUCGCUAACAAAUCUAGCUCAGACCAAGAGUCUAUGCAAUCGGUUGGUUUCCUUCAAAGUGUGAUAUUUUUCCAAGUUACUUACGAUAUUCUUAAAGAGUUGAAGCUUCUAAAUUCAGAAUUAGGACGACUUGCCAUCUCUUGCGCCAUGAUAAGCUCCAUUCUAAGUUGGGGCAAUGGGUUAAUCUUCAAAUUCUUGUGGCUAGCCAAAUCCGGCUUGAUGCAAGCGGUCUUAUGGACUAUUGUUUCGGGGAUUAUGCUUGUCAUAAUUAUUUGUUAUAUUUUUAGGCCAAUGAUGUUGUGGAUGAUAAAGGAGACUCCAGAAGGGACAUCGCCAAAAGAAUCUUAUAUUUGUGUUUUAAUUCUGAUGGUUUUAGGGACCGCUAUGUUUUGCCAAACGGCUGGACUUCCGGGGACAACCGGAGCUGCUCUCUUGGGAUUUGUGGUCCCGGCAGGAUCCACGCUGGCUCUUGCCUUGGUGGAGAAGUUAGAAGCAUUUGUCUUGGCGGUUCUUGUGCCAUCUUUUGUGGUCAAUAUCGGAAGAAAAGUUGAUAUUCAUCUGAUCACGAUGUGGGGUUUUUGGCAAGUUGAGCUUGCAUUCUUGGCUGGCAUGAUUGGAAAGGUCUUAGGUUGUAUUGUCCCAUCUUUUAUCUAUAAUGUACCUUUUGUUGAUGCACUUGUUGUUGGCCUUCUCUUGAGUUGUCAAGGCCUUUUGGACAUACAUUUCUUUAGCGCAUCUCUACAAUAUGGGAUAGCCACCCCGGAGUCUUUUUCUAUCAUUGUGUCCAUGUCCAUAGUUCACUUAGCAGUUGUAGUUCCUUGGGUGAGCCGGCUCUAUGACCCUUCUAGACGAUAUGUGACUUAUCGGAAACGAACAAUCCAACAUGCCAAAAGUAAGACCGAGUUACGCAUCCUCACGUGCAUCAUUCAAGAAGAAGAUGUCCUAUCAAUGAUCAAUGUUCUCGAAGCCUCGAAUGCUAGUAGAGAGAGCCAGAUAGGUGUCUAUGUCCUUGACCUAGUUGAUCUUGCUGGACGGGCCUUACCAAUGCUAAUUCCACAUCGAUUGAACCGAAUGCCAUCCAAUAAAUCCUCUAGGACCAAUAGGAUAAUACGGGCAUUCCACCAAUACGAGGUUCGAAACGAAGGUCUAGUAUCGGUCCAAUGCUUCACAUCCAUAGCUCCUUUCUCCACCAUCCACGAAGACAUAUGCUCAAUGGCCCUCGAGAAGAUCACAUCCCUUGUCAUCAUUCCAUUUCACGUCGAUGAUGGAAACGUAGCAAGGAAGAUGGUCGAAAACGUGGUAGAGAACUCCCCUUGCUCGGUUGGGAUUCUCGUGGACCGCGGUAAGCUAAAGGAAUCGAGGAGUACCGGUACUUCAUGGUUUAACUUAAAGAUAUGUGUGAUCUUCAUGGGAGGAUCUGACGAUCGCGAGGCACUAGCAUAUGGAACGAGGAUGGCCGAGCACCCAAACGUUUCCCUCACGGUUAUAAACAUAUUCGACGCCGAAAAUGUUAGCAUGGAUACGGUGGAGGCAAAACACGACAUGGCGGCCAUCCAUGAUUUUAAGUUGGCGACGAUACAAAAUAGUCGAGUGGUUUAUAAGGAAGAGGGGGUGGCUUCUGCCGAAGGGAUGACGAUAGCUUUGGGUCGGGUGGAGGGAUCGGGUGUAUUCGACCUGAUUAUGGUGGGGAGACGACAUGACGAUAGUUGUGCCUUGGUGAGUGGAUUGUUUGAGUGGUGCGAGAUGAAGGAGUUGGGGGUGGUGGGCGACAUGUUGUUAUCGCCGGAUUUUAAGAGCAAUGCAUCGGUUCUUGUGAUUCAACAACAAGCAUCUAUGGGGGAUCAAGAAGAGAAGCCUAAUAAUGAUAACGACAAUAGUGAAAGUUUAAAUGAAAGGAAUAUAAAGUCAAUUGAUAGCAAACAAGAUCAACAACAAUUCGCUAGUGGUGCUAUGAUUGGAAUAACUAGCCCAACCCAAAGAGAUAUUGAGAGUUGUACUAACAAUUCUUAA